AGUUUCUAUCCAACAUUUCGGCCUCGGAGCGAACGGAUCAGAUCCUCCGUGGUUCACAGCAGGGGGUCCACCGCCACCGCUCCCGCCUCAGAGGUCUGCUGCUCGCUCCCGGCUCAGACCCUGAAGGUUCUCAGAAGGUUCUGACUUCUGAAGACCAGCAGCACUUCAACCCGCUGGAAACCGUCUGAGCGGCGGAACGUUCCGCCGCCGCCGAGCAGAACAGAACCUCAGAUCUGGACGUCUGCCGCGCAGGAAUCAAACACCAAACUAUUUUUACCCCCGACUGUCUUUUCAGCUUCUUUUCGCUCAGUUAUUUAUAAACCUCCGCAGAACCGUCGUCUGGACGGGAGUUUGAGAGUGUGUGUGACAGUGUGGGUCCAGCAGGACCGACAGGAAGUUGGCGUUGGUCCCUGUUAGCAGCACUUCCUGUGAGGAAGACGGAGGCGUUCCAGAGACAAAGGAGGGCUGGGAGUUUAGAGAAGACAGAUCCAGAGUCCGGAGCCGGAGGACGGACAGCUCGGAGCGGUCUCUGAGUCGGAGGACGGAGUGUCUCCUGGAAUAAACCGAACCUUCCUCAUCAGGAACAGUCGGCUUUCUGCGCUUCGGCCUCAGAUUUGGGGAUUUUCCGGAGCCACAGGACUGACGGGGAUCGGGUGAAACGGGCAGUCUGGAGCUCCGGUUCAGGAUUAUGGUGGACUUUCUCCUGUCGGAGGACCUGAAGGAGGAGCAACAUGCUGAAGUGUAAAGUCCGGCCCGGCCUGCGCCUCCCUGGCUUCACCUCCGUCCUGCUGCUGACGCUGCUCCAGGCUCAGCUCGCCGGCGGCGCCGCCGUCUCAGACGACCUCCGGCGGGUCAACUCCUGUAACGUCUCCGUGACGGAAAUGGCGUCCAGCUCGGACUCCGUCACUCUGAGGGUCACAACGCCGGGACGCCACUGCUCCUUCUCCGUCACGUCAGCAGGCGCUGGCUCCGCCCCCUGCUCAAGAUCAGAGGAGGAGGAGGAGGAGGAGGGGGGCGGGGCUACGCGUCCACCAACUAAUGAGCCACCAACCAAUGGAAGCAUUUUCAGUCAGGGCUUCACCUGUACGCUGGGUCACCUGGACCCUGGAACCGCCCACCUGCUGCAGGUCCAGUCUGACAGCCAGCAGGGGGCCAACAUCACCGUGUUCACCCGACCGGCACCCCCUACUGGUCUGGUAGUGACCUCUCGGUCUCGCUCCAGUCUGAGUCUCGGCUGGCUGCCUGGAGCUGGAACAACAGAACAGACUCGGGUUGAGCUCAGGGACCGCGCUGGGACUCUGCUGAGAAAUGACACGCUGGGAAAUACAACACAGCACGAGCUGACAGGUCUGUUGCCAGGGCGACGGUACAACGUCACCGUGGUGACCGAGGCUGGCGGGAAGGAGAACAGCCGCACCAUCGAGGGUCAGACAGCGCCCUCUAGUGUCUCCAACAUCACCGUCGUCGAGAACAACAGUACAAGCUUGUUGUUGUCAUGGCAACAGCCGGACGGCGACGGUGAUGGCCUCAGUGUGUCGUUGUCGUCCAACGGGACCACGGUCUGGGAGUCCACACUGCCGCACAACUCCACCCAGGUCGCCCUCCGUCAGCUGACACCCGGCUCGGCCUAUCAGCUGUCGGUGACAUCACGGAGCGGCGAGCUGAUCAGCCAAUCAGAAUUCACCGUGGAAACUGCUCCGGCUCCGCCCACCCUGCUCUCCCUGUCCCCCGCUGAGGCCGGCGGCCUCCGCCUGACCUGGUCACCCCCCGCUGGCCGCUGGAAGAACUACAGAGUGUUCCUGUACGACGCCUCGCAGCUGUUGGCCAGCGCCGCCGUCCCGGGAGACGCCCUGGAGUUCAGCUUCAACAAGACGCUGCUGACCGCCGGGAGGCGCUACCGAGCCGUGCUGCAGGUGGAGAGCCGGGCGGGGCGGACAGCCCAGAGCAGCUGUGACGGAGCCACAGCUCCGCCCCCCGUCUCCAACCUGCACAUCCGUCACGCAGACGAGACGUCCCUCAGCGCCAUGUGGAGCCACGCCCCCUCAGGGUCACGUGAUGGAUACUCCCUAAGCAUCAGCCAUGGCAACGUCACCAUGGACACCAGAGAGGUGGACGCUAAGAUGAGGGAAAACACUUUCAACGUUCUCACACCCGGGAGACGUUACGCCAUCACCGUGACGACCAGGAGCAACAACCUGAGCACGUCUGUGUCUGUGGAGGGCCGGACAGUUCCCAUGGCGAUACGAAGCAUCACUUUGAGCAGCGUGGGUGCUGACAGUCUUAAGGCAUCAUGGGAAAAACCACCAGGUGACGUGGAGUCGUACAGUCUGACCCUGCUGCGAGACAGCGUCGUGCUGCACAACUACAGCGUCCCGGUCACGUCUUCUUCUCUGCUGCUGAGCGGUCUGACACCUGGCGCCCUCUACAGGCUGCAGGCCGUCACCAUUAGCGGGGAGCAGCGAUCCAGGUCCACCAGCCUGGAAGCUCGAACAGCGCCGGAGUCGGUCUCCCAGAUCACCGUUGCUAACGGCGGCCGGCCGGAUGCGCUGCAGGUGUCAUGGCGUCCUGCAGGGGGCGUCGUGGACAGCUACCUGCUGCGUCUCCAGGACGGCCGGCGGACCGUCCACACGCUGGCUGUCCCAAGCUCGAUGCCGCCCGAGUGCUCCUUCAGCUCGCUGGUCGCCGGGCGCCUGUACUCCAUCGUCAUAGUAACCAGGAGCGGCAACAUGGAGAACGUCACCACUGCCAAGGCUCGAACCAAACCAGCGACCGUCCAGAACCCAACUGCAGUCCACUCUGCAACAGAAGGUUUCCUCAAGGUGUACUGGCGCCACGCUGCCGGAGAUCUGGACCGCUAUGUGGUUUCGAUCCGGUACAACCACAGCGUGGUGCAGAACAAGAGCGUGUCAGCCGGCAACAACGAGUGUUCCUUCUCGUCUCUGACUCCGGGCCGUCUCUACACCGUCACCGUGGAAACGUGGAGCGGCGACCUGGUCAGCAGCGUCUCCACCGACGGUCGCACCUUUCCUGCAGCCGUGCGAAACCUGUGGCUCGGCAGCGCAGGUACAGGUGAGCUGAACGUCACCUGGAGCCCCGCCCUCGGAGACGUGGACCACUAUGAGCUCUCGCUGCUCUUCAACGACUCGAGGGUCUUCCCUCCGCUGCUGCUGGGCAGCGACGCCCGACACCACCGCCUGACCUCGCUGACCCCGGGCCGCCUCUACAAGAUGGUGGUGUCCACGUUCAGCGGGCCGUACCAGCGGGCGCAGUUCACCGAGGGCCGCACCGCUCCCAGCACCGUGAGGAACCUCCACAUGGAGCCGCAGCCCGGACUCACCGAGUCCUCCGCAGGCCUGAGGGUCUCCUGGACCCCCGGCGAUGGAGACCUGGACCUGUAUGUAGUGUCCCUCAAGACCCCAGACGACGUCGUCAUGGAAACGCGUCCAGUUCCCAAACACGUCACCGCGCUGGACUUCAUGGACCUGAUCCCAGGCCACGCCUACUCCAUCACCGUCCAGUCACUGAGCGGGAAGCUGACCAAUAACGUCACAGCGUCAGGACGAACAGCUCCGGCCAGAGUCACGGCGCUGCAGGCCGACAACGACCACACCACCCACAGCCUGACGGUCAGCUGGGAGCGCCCCGUCGGCGUCUACGACCGAUUCAGCCUGCAGCUGCUGGACCCGGCCGGCGUCGCCGUGGCGACCCGCCAGGUGGGCGGCGAGCGGCACAGCGAGCUGGUGGAGGGCCUGACGUCCGGGAAGCGGUACCGCGUGAAGGUGGUGACGCUGAGCGGCGGCGUGCCGUCGCUGGACGCCACCGCAGAGGGACAGACACGUCCGGCCGCCGUCAGGAAUCUCACGCUCGCUGCCGCCAACAGCUCCUCGCUGUCCUUCUCCUGGACGCCGUCAGACGGACACGUGGACGAGUACGACCUGUCGCUCUACAGCGUCGCCGAACCCUCGGCCAAUCACAGGCAGAGCUCCGCCCCGGACAGGAAGCAGCAUCAGCAGACUGCUGAGCGGCUGGUGGACCAGCAGAAGGUUUCUUCCAGCACCAGCAGCUGUGCGUUCGGGGGCCUGGCUGCAGGGAGUCUGUACCGCCUGCAGGUGGCGAGCCGGAGUCGGGACAUGAGCAGCGACUCGUCCGUGCUCGCUCGCACCGUCCCGUCGCCGGUGUCGUCUCUCCGGGUUCAGAGCUCAGGACGGACAGACAGACUGGCGGUCAGCUGGGAGCCAGCAGGGGGCGCCUGCAGCAGCUACCAGGUGGUUCUGCUCGACGUCUCUGGAUCCAUACUGAGCGCUCAGACUCUGGGGACGGACCAGAGGGGUCACACGUUCACCGGUCUGACUCCCGGCAGGCUGUACCACGCCGAGGUCAUCACGCACAGCGGGGAACUGACCAAUAACGCGUCAGCGCUCGGUCGCACCUCUCCAGAGCCGCCCACUCACCUGUCCGUCAAGCAGGCCGUGGCCAGUAGCAUCAUCGAGCUGUGGUGGUCUGCUCCCGCCGCCGGGGACUACGACAGCUUUGACGUCCAGUGGACGCCGCCGGACCGCCUGUCCGUCGCCGCCACGCACCUGACCGGCCGCAUGGUGGGCGGCAUGUUUCCAGGACGACAGUACAACUUCACCGUGGCGACGGUCAGCGGGGGAGGGGCCAAGGAAGGACCUGCGGUCAACAGUCAGCCAAUCCAGAAGAGCGUUCGACUGAGCCCAGCUCCUCUGAAGUCCCUCCACUGCUUCCCGCUGUCGUCCUCCUCCCUGUCCUGCUCCUGGUCGCCGCCGCUCACCGACUUCGACUCCUACGAGGUGGAGUGUCGUCGCCACGGCGACGGGGAGCUGACGUCGGCGCUGAGGCUGGCCGGGGGCGUCACGGCCGUCACGCUGGACCGCCUGGAGCCGUCGCGGCGCUACGCGGUGACGGUCAGGGUGUCGUCGGCCGGACAGACGAGUCCGCCGGUGACCCAGGCCACCGCCACCAUGAUCGACUGUCCUCCAGUCCCGCCUCCCUCCGUCCGAGUCAGCGAGAGGUCGUCAAAGGUCACGUCGUCCUCCAUCUUGUUUCGCUUCAACUGCUCGUGGUUCAGCGAUGCCAAUGGAGCCGUGAGAUACUUCGCCGUCGUCGUGGCCGAGUCCGACGCCAAGGAGCUCCUGCAGCCGGAGCAGCGCCACCCUCUGCCCUCCUACCGCGACUACAUCUCCAACUCGUCCGUGCGCGUCUAUCAGAGCGCCUACUUCCCCAGCCGCUGCCUGCAGGAGGCGGAGCCUGCAGCCGUACAGGUGGUGGAGGUGAACUUAGGGGCAGGAGGAGACCGUCUGGGCGGAGCCUGUGACCUCUACAGUGACAACGACCACCUCCUGAGCGACAGCUACGGAAACUUCUGCGACGGGCCGCUGAAACCCAAAACCUCAUACAGAGUGAGUGUCCGAGCCUUCACCAAACUCUUUGACGACAACCAUCGCGAGUUUGUCCAGCCUCUCUACAGCGACACGUUCCUGUCGAUGCCGAUCAGGACUCACGCAGAGCCUCUAGGGGGCGUGGUGGAGGGUCUGAGCGCCGGGAUGUUCCUCAUCGGGAUGAUGGGCGCCGUCGUCUCCCUGCUGGUUUACAGGCAGCGUCUUCGGAAAGUUGCUGUGCAGGAGAACCCGGUGGUGAGGAUGAGCAUGUGGAAAGAGGUGCCGUCCUCGGGGAUGUACGUGGGCGUCAGAAGCAACCGGCGGGUCACCAGUCCUAUCAAGUCUUGCCACUUUGAGUCCCACCUGAACAAGCUCCAGGCCGACUCCAACUACCUGCUGUCCGAGGAGUUCGAGGACCUGAAGGACGUCGGGCGGAAUCAGACGAUGGACGCUUCCCGGCUGCCCGAGAACCGCGGGAAGAACCGAUACAACAACAUCCUGCCCUACGACUCCACCAGAGUGAAGCUUUCCUAUUUGGAGGAUGACCCUUGUUCCGACUACAUCAACGCCAGCUACAUCCCCGGUAAUAAUUACCGGCGGGAGUACAUCGCCACCCAGGGGCCGCUGCCCGGCACCAAGGACGACUUCUGGCGGAUGGUGUGGGAGCACGGCGUCUACAACGUCGUCAUGGUAACGCAGUGCGUGGAGAAAGGACGGGUGAAGUGUGAUCAGUACUGGCCCGCGGACCGGGAGCCGCUGUACUACGGGGACCUGGUCCUCCAGAUGCUGUCGGAGUCCGUCCUGCCGGAGUGGACCAUCCGGGAGUUCAAGAUCUCCUCGGAGAGCGGCGGCGGUUACCCCCGGGUGCUGCGGCACUUCCACUACACCGUGUGGCCCGACCACGGCGUCCCCGACAGCACGCAGUCCCUCAUCCAGUUCGUCCGCACGGUCCGGGACUACGUGGACCGCUCGCCCAGCACCGGCGCCACGGUGGUGCACUGCAGCGCCGGCGUCGGCCGCACGGGAACCUUCGUGGCUCUGGACCGAGUCUUGCAGCAGCUGGACUCCAAAGGAACCGUCGACCUGUACGGCUGCGUGUUCGACCUGCGGCUGCACCGCCACCACAUGGUCCAGACCGAGUGCCAGUACGCCUUCCUGCAUCAGUGUGUGCGAGACGUCUUGAGAGCCCGGAAACACCGCAGUGAGCAGGAAAACCCGCUGUACCCCAUUUAUGAGAACUUCAACCCCGAGUACUGCCGAGACUUCAUCUACACCGGUCAUUAGAGGCGACGGCGUCCGCCGGCCGUUCAGGAAACUCGCCGCAUCGAAACAGGAAAAGUGAAUAAAAGCUAAAAAAUUCUGUUGCAGAUUUCAGUGGGCGGAGUUUCAUUUCACUCCUGUUGUUGUUUAAGAUUAUUUACAAGAUGUAAAGAGGACUGGGAGGACGGAGGCUCACGUGGUUGUCUUUUAUUUCAUUUUAACCUUCGUGAAGGCAGCGAGCCGAGUGUGUCUGUGCCCAGUCGUCCUGCUGAAGCCACAUUAUAAGCUUUGUAUUUACCUCCUCACAUGUUGCUGUAUGUAAAUAUUGGAUUUCCAGACUUAAAGUGCGCGUUGGACUCCGGAAGCGUCUUUCAUUCACAUGAAAAAUCAAAAACCGGUUCAGACUUUUGGAAUUAACGACAGUAAGCUCAUAAUUAUGAGAAAAAUUGGUUGAAUACUUUCUUUCUUAUUAAAAAUGAACAGACUCGGUCAGUUCACCCUCAGCCGCUGCACUACAUUUUUAUUUUCAUUAAAACAGUUUCUUGUAAUCAUAAAAUAAUUCUCUCAUUAAUUCAGAAAAACAGCUGAAUUUUCUUGUAAUUUAUUUUUUCUCAUAAUUACAAGCUAAUUUUUUCCAUAAUUCAGAAUAACAGAGCCGAAUGCAACACGCUUCCUUAUUCAGCCAUCAAGUGAAAAAUAAAACUACUUAUUAAAAAAACACUCAUAAAUCCCCCUGAUUUAGUCAGAUCUUAAAGAUGUUACAAGCUGGAUGCCAUGAUAUCUUUUUUUUAUAACAUUUGAUGUUUGUUUGACUCGGUUUAUUCCGAUUUGUGUUUUUAUUCAGGAACAAACGUUGAGGUUUUGUGAAACAUUUUCUGGCAGGUUUGACCUGUUGACCUUAAAUUUGAAACUUCCAAAAGUUUUUAAAACUAAAUUCAUGAUUGUAAGCAAACAAUAAAACUGAAUAAUCUGAAAA